GUUUAAAUGAAGUUGGAAUGAUUGGUUAACACGUCCAAGUCAACAAAGAGGAACUCAAUGCGAAUUUUCGAGCCAGCCGCCUUUUUCAGUUUUUUCAGGCACCGGUUGAACAAGAAGGUUGGCUGCCACCGUCGUAUUCAGUUGCCGCUCCAAUCGUCUUAUGCUUACUUCCCCACGCUAUAUCGAUUCGGACAGUUCCCUUUGACUCAGGCGAAUUGCCUACAAGCAUGACCAGCGCCUUACAAUCCUCCCGUGAGUCACCUGCUUUCUGUUAUCUGCCAUAUCACAUUUCGCCAUUCCUCGUAACUUCUUUCUUUUCUGUUCAUUAAUUUACUCGCUUUUAUAUUCCUCCAUUUACUCAUUCAGUUCGACAAACCAUGGCCAUUCGUCCAUCGGCAACCCUAAUUGUAUUGGCUCCUAUCCCGUCAAAUAAGCUCACCACUGGCGGUAGCAACUAUCGUGUAUUAAUGAUGAAACGCAAUGCAAAGAGCAGCUUUAUCAAUGCCCAUGUGUUCCCUGGCGGGGUCGUUGAUCCACAAGAUGCGGCGUCUCUGUGGCAAACCACGUUCAAAGGAAGGCAACAACAACAGGAUGACAGAUUAACCAGUAAAAUAUGUGCCAUCCGAGAAACCUUCGAGGAAUCGGGUCUUUUAUUAACGGAUCCACCGUCUUAUACGGCCCAGGGCUUGAAUCACGAAGAAUGGAGACAACGCGUCCAUGGCGACGCGCUGCAAUUCAAGGCCAUGUGCGACAAGUUCAAAUUGACGCCUGCAAUCGAUAGACUGGUUCCCUUUGCUAGCUGGAUUACACCUGUGGGAGAAAAGAAACGCUAUAAUACGCAGUUCUACUUGACCGUCCUUGGGCAAACCGUGGAAAAUGAGCACAAAGAAACGAAAUCCUUGGCUGCAGACGGUCAAGAGACUGUGGAACUGGAAUGGCUGAAGCCAGAACAGGCUUUGGAUUUGUGGACCAAUGACGAGAAAAUCAUUUUGUUUCCACCGCAGUGGUAUUGUCUCCAUGCAUUGAAACAAAUUCCCGACCAUCGCGAUGUGAUUGCUCAAGCUGGUAUUGAUUAUUUGCGCACACGCCAAGGCAUGCCUGUCACGACGAGGCCUCAAUUCCAUCCAGCCGAUAAGUCCGAUCCCAUGGUUGAGAAAGGUUACCAGAGUUUCCUUGCCUAUCCCGGAGACGAGACGUAUGAGGAUGACAUCCACAACAUCGUCAGUAAACCGGGUCAACGACAUCGAAUCUAUUUCCGUGGCCGUAUGCGUGAUUUCCAUCUCGUGAAGAAUAUUGCACUGACCGAUAUUGUCCAUAGCCAACCCCGUUUGUAAGCUAUGUAUAUGUAACAAAAGCUGUUAUUCCCAUGUUUAUCCACUUUGAUAUGGCUGGACAUUUUGUUGAAACUUUUUUAUGAACCAUUUUGAUAACAAGAUAAAU